AUGACGACAAAGAUGGCUACGCUGGACUUCAGUGGACUCGACAUCAGUGAUGAUGACGGAGGUCCAGUACAGUACCAGCAGACUGGAAAACGCAAGGACCGUUCGAGUGACGCCAACAGCAAGGAUGACUACUCGCGUCCAGCUCAUCAUGGUGCUAGCCUUGAAGAAGCAAGUGCUCCUGAUCGCGCAUUUCGGCGCCAAGUGAAGAGUCGACCAGGCAUGCAUGCUGGACCUGAUCUGUCAGAAGAAGAAGAAAAGGACAACCAUGAUGAUGAAGAUAGCGACUCGACUCCUCCAAUGUUUUGGCGAGCAAGUGUCAACGCAGUUGAAGUGAGUGAUCUGUCAGAGCCAGCGACAUUUCAAGACGCGGUGAACGGACCCGACAAAGUUCACUGGCGUGAAGCAAUCAACGCAGGGCUCAAGUCGAUGCAACUUCGUGGAGUAUUUCGUGCGGCUGUAUUGCCAAAAGGACAACCAGCUAUUGGAACCAAGUGGGUGUUCAAGAUCAAGCGAAAAGUAGACGCUUCAAUCGAGAAGUACAAGGCACGACUUGUGGCCAAGGGCUUCAAGCAGAAGUACGUCAUCAACUACACGGAGACAUUCUCACCAGUGGUCAAGUAUGUGACGCUGCGCAUGGUGGUCGCGAUUACCAAGUACUUUGGCUGGCCUCUUGACCAACUUGACGUGGUCACAGCUUUUCUCUAUGGUGUGAUGAAAGAAACGGUGUACUGCGCGGUUCCAGAAGGCGUCGAAUUGGACGGAGACUUCAACUGCCUCGAGUUGGUGAAGGCAAUCUACGGUCUCAAGCAAGCUUCUCGUGUAUGGAACGAGACCUUCGACGAGUUUGUUUGCUCCAUCGACUUUCAAGUUUCGGCCUAUGAUCCGUGCCUCUACAUCAAGAUUGUGGACGGUCACUGCGUACUGUUGCUAGUCUACGUGGACGAUGUGCUGGUGACUGGGAGCUCGACGGAACUCAUUGCGUGUACCAAGAGCGACCUCAAGACGCGCUUCGAGAUGACCGACAGUGGCAAGUGUGCUUUUGUGUUGGGCAUAGAACUGGUCAAAAACGCUGACAAUAGCGUGACGAUGUGCCAGCGACGCUAUGUGGAUGACAUUCUGAAGCGCUUUGGGAUGGAAGACUGCAAGGCUGCAAUAAGCCCAGCUGAUGUGAGCACUCGACUGACUCGAAGCGAUGCAUUGACCAAGGUAAGCGCUCCAUUUCGAGAAGCUGUGGGGGCGCUCAUGCAUCUGACGACCGCAACACGCCCAGACAUAGCUUUUGCUGUGGGGUACGUAUCGCGUUUCAUGGAAAAUCCCCAAGUCGAGCACUGGAUUGCAGUGAAGCGUAUUUUGCGCUAUCUGCAAGGGACCAAGUCACAUGGAAUUUGUUUCAAGCCUGGUGAAGAAGUUGAUUUUCGUGGAUACUCCGAUGCGGACUGGGCUGGAGACCAUUCCGACCGCAAGUCGACUUCGGGAUAUGCGUUUCUGUUGAUGAGCGCACCAAUCAGUUGGGGAAGCAAGAAGCAGUCAGCGUCAAACAAGUCGGCACCUGGACUGAAGAUUCUCGAAGACAACCAGUCCUGCAUCAAGAUGACAAAGAAUCCCGUCAACCAUGGUCGUGCAAAACACAUCGACAUCAAGUACCAUCACAUCCGUGAUGAAGUCAAGCGUGGUGAAGUGGAGCUUGAGCAUUGUGAGACUUCCAUCGUGCUCGCGGACAUCUUGACGAAGGCACUUCGGGAACCUCGUCACAAGGACUUGACGGCUGCACUCGGUUCUCAUGCGAGCUUGCAUUGA